AUGUCAUUUACAAGUUUUAAAACAAAAAUUGAGGAGGGGGACUUUGUCAUGGCUUAUCUAAGUCGAACACAUAUUAAACCAAUCAUAGUGAAAAAAGGAGAAAAGCUGAAUACAAGGUUUGGAACUUUUCCACAUGAUUCAAUGAUCGGCUUACCUUAUGGAUCACAGCUGAUGACACCUAAAGGCAGAGGAUUUAUAUAUUUACUUCAUCCCACACCAGAAUUAUGGACGAUGUCUUUACCACAUAGAACACAAAUCGUUUAUACACCAGAUUCUAGUUAUAUAGUCCAACGGAUGAGCGUUAUUCCUGGUUCUAGGGUGAUAGAAGCUGGAACAGGUUCGGGAUCAUUCACACAUGCAUUUGUGAGGACGAUAGCACCAACAGGUAAGCUUUUCACAUACGAGUUUCACAAGGAAAGAUACGAACAAGCAGUUUCAGAGUUCAAAGAGCAUAAGCUGCAAGAGUAUCUGAUAUGCACCAAUAGGGACGUUUGUGCAGACGGAUUCGACAUAGAUGGAACAAGAAUAGAUGCCGAGGCAGUCUUUUUGGAUCUUCCGUCUCCAUGGGAAGCCAUUCCUCAUCUCAAGAGUGUAAUUACCCAUGAAACAGAGGCUAGAAUAUGCUGCUUUUCGCCAUGUGUCGAGCAAGUUCUUAAAACCGUCACUGCCUUGCAAGAAAAUGGAUGGACAAAAAUCGAAAUGACUGAGGUGUCUUCUCUACUCUGGGAAUCAAGAAAGGUGAUGAUCAGGGAGUUGGAUGAUGCCAUCGAGAGACUCAAGGAUGUGAAAAAGAGACAACUAGAAGGUAUAGAAUACAUGAAGCAGAUGGCUGUCAAGUAUGGCUCCAAUAAGCAAGCCAAAGUGCACAAACCUCGGAGCAAGAAUAGAGACAGGGGAUUUAAUCCAUUUGGAAAAGGCUUUCAUAUCAUCGAGGGAGAUGAGAACUAUAAAUGGUUUGAUGUUUCUAAGGAGCAAAAGGAGAUAAAGACUCAUACCUCAUAUUUAACAUUUGCUAUCCAUGUUCCACAGCUAGUUGUUAAUGAUGAAAAUAUCGAAAAGCAGGAAACGGACACAGAAAAGGCCGAUAAACUAUAA